AAAUAUUUUGGUCUAUUGAUUGGGCUCGUCUAUUGUGUUGUCUUUAUGCCUAAGGUAGCAAGUUUAUCGGCAUUUCUUAGUUCGAUGGGAUCCGUACCUGUGUUGAAGUGGCCUAGGAAUGGUUAUAGAAAGCUGAAUCAUAAAGAAUCCGAUAAUGCACUACUUCCAAUGACCGAAUUGAAAAAGGGCAACAAGGCAUCCUUUGAAAAAAGUCAGAGUUGUCUUGAAAGUUCUGAUGAAUCUUAUGACAAGCAACUUUAUGGAUGGUAUGGUGCUAUUCAGAGACAGAUUCGAAGAUCUCAAUACCAAAUGCGAUACAGUCAACCAGUUCGAAUAACAGUUUCUAUUGUUGUUCUCCUUUGCUUGAUUGUUUUAAUUGCGAUUCGCGCUAUGUAGAAGGAAGAAGGCUUAGACACACGUGAUGAUAUCAGUUUGUAGCUGGCAAGAGCAUGAGGAAUGACAAGCUUUUGCUUCAAGCUAAUUUAACAUUUCAAAUGCUUUGGGACUUGAUAUUUAUAGCCAACCAUAGCAUUUGCUCAGUUAUUCAUUUGUUG